ACGCCCACCAACACCUCAGACCGGGGGUUUUGUGGAACAGGUACGGAAUUCACAUGCGUGGGUUCGGAUCUUGGAGGUUGCUGUAGCCAAUGGGGACAGUGCGGGACCGGCAUCGAAUACUGUGCUCAAGGAUGCCAAGUCGGAUUCGGGAAAUGCGAUUAA